AUGGGGGACUUGGCUUUAGGAGAAGCAUAUUCCGGUACGUCGUUCUCUGGGGAGUCCAUGGAUCGUAUUUUUUGGCAGUGCUCGAAGGUGCGCCCUCUUUGGCACAAGUUUUUGGAUUGGUUUCAGCAGGCUCAUAUGUUGGAUGCUUCGGACAUUCACAGUUUCUUUGUUUACGCUUGGAAUCAGAAGAUGAGUCCUCAGAUUGUUUGCUUCUGGAAAGCAGGAAUCAUUACUUUGAUUUGGAGUUUGUGGAGUCAACGGAACAGAUGCAUUUUUGAGGAUGAGAGCUUUGCCCCUAUGCGUUUCCUGCAGGUGGUCAAGGUAUCUUUUUUGGAUAUGGAGAAUAAUUUCACUAAAUUAGGUUCAAUGCAUAAUUCUUGUGAUGAUCUUUUGGUGGUUAAAAAUAUUGGGGUCAGACCGCGGGCGUAUCCUUCGCCGGAGUUUAUCAAUGUUUAUUGGUGGCCUCCCGUCAAUAAUUGGAUUAAGGUUAAUACCGACGGCUCGGCGCUUGGUGCUCCUGGCAAGAUCGGUGCUGGAGGUGUCUUCAGAGAUAAGUUCAGUUGGGUCAGGGGUUGCUUUCAUGUGAAAGGAGGCAUCGGUUUUGCGUUUGAAGCUGAACUUCUUGCUGUGAUUACAGCAAUUCAGAUUGCUCAUGCAAGACACUGGCGUCAACUUUGGAUUGAGUCUGACUCAACCUAUAUCGUGCAUCUCCGGCAUGAGAGAUCAACCUCGGUUCCGUGGCGCUUUGCGGCUAUUUGGAAAAGGAUUCUUUUGCUCCUAAAGGAUUUUCAAAUUCAAAUUUCUCAUAUCUAUCGCGAGGGGAAUAAAGUGGCUGAUAUUUUAGCCGCAGAUGAGCGACAUGAGGGCUGGUGGCCUCAUGAGAUUGAGUUAUAUUCGGAUCGCAGGUUAGCUGGAAGUUUAUGUUUGGAUGGCGAUCGUGGGAGUUCUGGAGGGGCUGCAUUGAUGAGCUGCGCUGCGGCUUUGGUUUCUGGAGUUGCUUUUGGCAUGGUCGUUGCUUGUUGGGCAGAUCGCGCAAUCGGAGAUUUCACAGAGUUUUAG